ACAAGUUUCAGACUUUAUUAUGCAUUCUUCCAGUCCCGAAAAGGGCAAAUGAAACUCCGUACAAGCGUAGAACUUUAUUUCCUAUUUUAUUCUUGACCUGUGGCAUGGAUCUAGCCCCUGGGUAGCAACGGUGUGAGACCAGGGCCCACUCUUUAAUGGCUGAAUGCACACGUUUAGGCAGCACAUGGUGGAUUCGCUGCUCUGCAAAUUGCCGUAGAAAAAAAGUAAAGUGCAAAAGCAGACAAAGAAAUCUAUAACCUUCUCGGUCUUUCACAUUUGUUCGGGCCGUUCUUUGAAGCAGCUCGGAAGCGGCGACAAGGAUCGCGGAGAGAUGCACCUGAAGCAGUUGUGUGAGGGCGGCCGCCUCGGCCGAGCCGCUCAAUCGCGGCUUUCCAGCGGCGAAGGCGCAGCAGCAGUCAGAAGGAAGGCAGUGCGAGCCUCCCCGGCAGCGGCGGCGGCGGCGGCGGCACCGGCACCAGCGCAGUUUCCCCUCUCCCCAGCCCUGACUCUACGCGCACAUGCGCACUGCGCCCGCAGCCCUGGACCAUUUGUCAGGACUACUCGUGAGACGGAGAAAAAAAAAAGAGAGAAAAUUUGGGGAUCCUUAAAAGAAGUCUUGGGGGUACACAGCAGUUCUGAAGGCCACCAGGCAGUUCCGUCUUUCUUCACCACGGCCUCGAGGCUACCAGGUAAAUCAUGACUGAAUCUUCAUCUACCACAAGUGGUCAAGAGUUUGAUGUGUUCAGUGUUAUGGACUGGAAGGAUGGCGUUGGUACCCUACCAGGAAGUGAUUUGAAGUUUAGGGUAAAUGAAUUCGGAGCUUUGGAAGUUAUCACAGACGAAAGCGAGAUGGAAAGUGUGAAGAAAGCAACAGCCACUACCACGUGGAUGGUCCCAACUGCUCAGGACGUCUUUUCAGAGAAGACUGGGGUACCCUUCAGGCUGAAGGAGCAGUCGAAAGUAGAUGGGCUCCAGUUUUGUGAGAACUGUUGUCAGUAUGGCAACGGAGAGGAGUGUCUUUCUGGAGGGAACUAUUGCAGCCAGAACUGUUCACGGCGUGCCAGAGACAAAGAUCAGAAGGAAGACCGAGAUGGAGGCGAGGACAAUGACGAGGAGGAUCCUAAGUGUAGUCGGAAGAAAAAACCAAAAUUAUCUCUGAAGGCUGACUCCAAGGAAGAUGAAGAGAGAGAUGAUGAAAUGGAGAACAAACAAGAUGGAAGGAUCCUGAGGGGUUCUCAGAGAGCCAGAAGGAAAAGACGUGGGGAUUCAGCCGUCUUAAAGCAGGGCUUGCCUCCUAAAGGCAAGAAAACCUGGUGCUGGGCAUCCUACCUAGAGGAGGAGAAAGCUGUGGCAGUGCCGACGAAGCUGUUCAAAGAGCACCAGUCCUUCCCAUACAACAAAAAUGGAUUCAAAGUCGGCAUGAAGCUAGAAGGUGUGGACCCUGAGCACCAGUCUGUGUACUGUGUCCUCACUGUGGCUGAGGUUUGUGGAUAUAGGAUAAAGCUUCACUUUGAUGGAUAUUCUGACUGCUACGACUUCUGGGUAAACGCCGAUGCUUUGGACAUUCACCCCGUGGGCUGGUGUGAGAAGACUGGUCAUAAGCUCCGCCCUCCUAAAGGCUAUAAAGAAGAAGAAUUUAAUUGGCAGUCCUACCUUAAGACGUGCAAAGCCCAGGCUGCUCCCAAGUCAUUAUUUGAAAAUCAGAACAUAACAGUGAUCCCGUCAGGUUUUCGAGUUGGAAUGAAGCUCGAGGCUGCAGACAAAAAGAGUCCUUCCAUUAUCUGCGUUGCUACGGUAACAGAUAUGGUGGACAACCGUUUCCUGGUCCAUUUUGACAACUGGGACGAGAGCUAUGACUAUUGGUGCGAAUCAAACAGCCCACAUAUUCAUCCAGUCGGAUGGUGUAAAGAACACAGAAGAACACUGAUUACACCACCAGGCUAUUCGCAUGUGAAACACUUUUCCUGGGAUAAAUAUCUAGAAGAGACCAAUUCUUUACCUGCUCCUGCAAGAGCUUUCAAAGUGAAACCUCCACAUGGAUUCCAGAAAAAAAUGAAGCUUGAGGCUGUGGACAAAAGAAACCCACUGUUCAUCAGAGUAGCAACGGUAGCAGACACGGAUGAUCACCGGAUAAAAGUUCACUUUGAUGGCUGGAGCAGUUGCUAUGACUACUGGAUUGACGCAGACUCUCCGGAUAUUCACCCUGUAGGCUGGUGUUCCAAGACCGGACACCCUCUUCAGGCUCCGCUAAGCCCUGCAGAAUUAAUGGAACCGUCAGAAACUGGGGGCUGUCCAACCCUAGGCUGUAGGGGAGUUGGUCAUUUUAAAAAAUCGAGGUACCUGGGCACUCAGAGUGGUGCCAACUGUCCCUAUUCAGAAAUCAACUUGAGUAAAGACCGCAUCUUCCCCGACCGUCUAAGUGGUGAGAUAACCCCAUCCAGUUUCUCAUUCCCAAGAAGUAAAAGGACAGACACCAAUGAAAGUUCAUCAUCCCCGGAAACCAGGGACCAGCAUGCCAAUAAUGUCAAAGAAGAUUCUGAAAAGAAAAAAGAAAAUGAAGUAAAGACAUCAGCCGAAGCCAAAGUUGUUCGGGAAGAGCCUACCCCCAGCGUACAGCAGACUCAGCCACCUCAGCAGGCACUAAAGGCUCCGCAAGCUCCACAGAUCCAGCCAGCCCAGCAGGCCCCACAGGCACCGCAGGCUCAGCCAACCCAGCAGCAGGCCCAGCAGGCUCAGCAGGCCCCACAGGCACCGCAGGCCCAGCCGGCCCCACAGGCCCCGCAGACCCAUCCAACCCAGCAGCAGGCCCAACAGGCCCAGCCAACCCAGCAGCAGGCCCAGCAGGCCCAGCCAACCCAGCAGCAGCAGGCCCAGCAGCAGGCCCAGAGGCGCUCAGCUGUAUUUCUCUCCUUUAAGCCUCCAAUUCCAUGUCUGCCCCUGCGCUGGGAGCAACAGAGCAAGCUUCUUCCAACUGUUGCUGGGAUCCCGGCGAGUCGAGUUUCCAAGUGGAGCACAGACGAGGUGUCAGAAUUCAUUCAGAGUUUGCCCGGAUGUGAAGAACAUGGAAAGGUGUUUAAGGAUGAACAAAUUGAUGGAGAAGCAUUUUUACUGAUGACCCAGACAGACAUUGUUAAAAUUAUGAGCAUUAAGCUGGGCCCAGCUCUCAAAAUUUUCAAUUCUAUUCUGAUGUUCAAAGCCGCGGAGAAGAAUUCCCACAACGAACUGUGAAGACGGUGAAUUCUGGCACCAUCGGCUUCUGCUUUAUAGCUCAUUAUGUUCUUUCAAAGCACAAGGACAGCUCCGGCUCUGGAGUGAGGAGUCUUCGGAAUUCCCAGGGGCAGCACUACAGGGCCCAUGGGUCCCUCCAGCUGCAGACACAUUCUUAGGGAAUGCCCAAGCUUCUUACCAGCAACUGGCCAACAGCAGUCACCUUUGGUUCCGCUCACCGAGCUAAACUUAACCUUUGUAAAUUUUUUGGAUGUGGGAGGAGGGUGGGGAGAGGGAGGCUUCGUUAUUUAUGGAUGGGGCAAAAAUCAGAACUUUUGGCAUUUUGUAAACAUUGUCGGAGUCUCUUUCAUGUACACUUUCUUUUUUUUUUUUUUUUCAAUAUUUUCAGAAACCUUUUUAUAUAACGGAAUCUCAACCUAAACCAAAUCCUUUGAACCUGGCUGGGUUUAGCCUGGGACUCGUGUCAGUCAUGUUCACCCUGUGCCAUAUUUGGAAUUGCAGCAUUAGCCAAGUGUAACGUUGUGAGUCGUGAUAUUGCCUAACUGUGUCAACCUCUGUUGGGACUGAAGAAUUGUAAAUACUACCUUUCCUUGAAUCCAUGUUUUUACUUUUGCACGCAUCAUGAAUUGUUAAACAAAGUACUUUUCACCAGCAUCUUUACUGUUAUUAUUACCAAAAAGAUGUAUAUAAAAGAAUGGAACUGAAGAGUAAAAUAUAUAAACCUACUUAGAUUUGAAGGAGGUAGCGUAUCUGGACAGAAUUGGUUUGGUACGUCAUGGUGCCCAUGUUCCCAGCAGUUGGCAUUGGAGGAUUGUGCAGUUUCAUAUCCCAAGGGAUAUUGACGAGGAAUUUGAUUUGUGAAGUUACUGUGUGCAUCUAUGUACAUGACAUGGAAGUGGCUGGUGCUUUACUGAAAAGGACUCACUUGUCUGGAAACACUAAUCCUUCAAGAGCUCCCAUCCGUCCUACAUGUCCUCCAGACCCAGAGGAUUUGCUCAGAGUGAGCUGAGAAGCAGAGCAAGGGUCUCACUGCACAGACUUGGUGUGACUGUCACAUCUGCAGAUACAGAAUUCUCUUCGCUCACAGAUCGAGAAAGUGGUUCCCAAAGCCAUUCUUCGGAAACCUCCAAUGGUGAAAGAUACCUUUUCCUAAAAAAAUAUUUUGCCUUGAUUUCUAAGUAUCUGGAUGCACUUUAAAUGAAAGCCCAUGGUUAUUUAUAAACUCAUAGCUGGCAGUGUUUCUUUUGUAAGCGUGCACUUCUAAGGGGAAGGUAAGAUAUUUUGUCAGUCUUUGGAUGUAUUUUCUAAUCCCACGAUUAGACAUUUACUCAAGGACUGGUUUAAAAAUAGAAAGUUUAGUAGCAUGCUGUCGGAACUCUGGGGGAAGGUCCCACCUCUUCCCAUGAACUCUUUAAUGUUUUUCUGAUGUAGGACUUCCUUUGAUGUGCCAUAGUAGGAGUCCUUUGCAUUUGUCAUGAUUCAAGGUAAACAGGGUCCGUGACAUCUGCAAUGUCCUCUUCAUUUCUUUGCAUGAAUCUGCUAAAUGAGCUUUUUAUUGUUACUCCCCCUCCCCCUUUGUUGUGGUCAGUAUUUGUACAUUAACUUGCACUUGUUACAUGUGAUAUGAAUGAAAUAAAAUCUUAAUUGCA